CUGAAGUCGGAGUGAGAGGAACAGAGUUCUCGAGUACUGCAAUCCACUACAGUUUGUUUGGCUCUUUACGUGAUCCCACCACAGCUCUCAGUGCCCAUCUGUGGAUCUGCAAGGACUUGUGGUUCUCCGUCCUCCGACCAAUCAGGGCAGGCUGUGAGGCGGGCUCAGCAGUUCUAGGCUUCCUGCGUGAUUGACAUUCAGCCUCCUGAAGCGCAGCGAACGGUGGUGCUCCACUGAUGCUCCUGCUCCCCUCGAGAGAGAGCGGAGAAAAUCUGCGAGAGAAGACAAGAGCAAGUGGAAUGCUAAAACCUUAAAGUCCUUUCCUGCUAUCUAUAAUGGAAAGAUGAGAGGUGGGACACAGGAGAAAGCCAGCUAAAGGGGGAGGACAGGAAGGUUUUCCAAAGAGGAGAGAUUUGUAGGAACAACUGGACCUGCAGGCAGAGCUGUGGAAUUUAUCAAAAGCGAAAAAAAGCAACCCCAAAAAUGUUCAGUACAGCACAAUUCCCAUAAGGGCUUGCACACAGGCCUCAUGAGUGGAGUUACAAGGAGGCAGAGAUGAACCUGACCAACCACAGACCGUCACCUGGGAACAGAAGUUCCACCCAUCAUUGAUAUCUGGGGUGACAGACGGAGAACGAAGCCUUUUUUCCCACCAGAGUCUUGGUAGAUCGGUUCAGUGUCUGGAAAUGACCACUAAGCGGAAGCUGAUUGGCCGGCUGGUGCCGUGUCGUUGUUUCCGUGGUGAGGAGGAGGUGAUCUCAGUGUUGGACUAUUCCCACUGCAGCCUUCAGCAGGUGCCCAAGGAGAUCUUCAGUUUUGAGAGAACCCUGGAGGAGCUCUACCUGGAUGCCAACCAGAUUGAGGAACUUCCCAAGCAACUCUUCAACUGCCAGGCCCUGAAGAAGCUGAGCAUGCCUGAUAACGACCUGUCCAACCUGCCCACCACCAUCGCCAGCCUGGUUAACCUCAAAGAGUUAGACAUCAGUAAAAAUGGUAUCCAGGAGUUUCCAGACAAUAUUAAGUGCUGUAAAGGCCUGUCUGUGGUAGAGGCCAGCGUCAACCCCAUCACCAAACUCCCUGAUGGUUUUACGCAGCUUCUGAAUCUGACCCAGCUCUUCUUAAACGAUGCCUUCCUGGAGUAUCUGCCGGCUAACUUUGGCAGACUCUCCAAACUACGGAUCCUGGAGCUGAGGGAGAACCACUUGAAAACCAUGCCAAAGUCCAUUCACAGACUGACUCAGCUAGAGAGGCUGGAUCUGGGAAGCAAUGAAUUCUCUGAAGUGCCAGAAGUGUUGGAGCAGAUACACAACCUGAAAGAACUGUGGCUGGAUAACAAUUCUCUACAGACAAUACCAGGGUCUAUAGGAAAGCUUCGUCAGUUGCGGUACUUGGACUUGGCCAAGAAUCGCAUUGAGACAUUAGAUUCUGAUGUUUCUGGCUGUGAAGCCUUAGAGGACCUGCUGCUCUCUUCCAACAUGUUGCAACACCUCCCAGACUCUAUAGGAAUGCUGAAGAAGCUGACCACACUGAAGGUUGAUGACAACCAGCUGACCUCACUGCCUCACACCAUUGGGAGUCCGAAGCCCAAGCAAGGCCUGUCUCUGUUGGAGGAGUUUGACUGUAGUUGUAAUGAGCUGGAGUCGCUGCCGCCAACCAUUGGUUACCUGCACAGCCUGAGGACCUUUGCUGCUGAUGAGAACUUCCUCACGGAGCUGCCUCGGGAGAUUGGUAACUGCAGGAAUGUGACGGUGAUGUCACUGCGGUCCAACAAGCUAGAGUUUCUUCCUGAUGAGAUCGGACAGAUGACCAAACUUCGUGUGCUUAACCUCAGUGACAACAGGUUGAAGAAUCUACCAUUCACCUUCACUAAGCUGAAGGACCUGGCAGCUCUUUGGCUUUCUGACAAUCAGUCCAAGGCUCUGAUCCCGCUGCAGACAGAAGCCCAUCCAGAAACCAAACAGAAGGUUCUGACCAACUACAUGUUUCCUCAGCAGCCACGUCACGAUGAGGAUUAUCAGUCGGACAGUGACAGCUUUAAUCCUACUCUAUGGGAGGAGCAGAGACAGCAGAGGAUGACUGUGGCCUUUGACUUUGAGGACAAGAAAGAAGAGGAAGACAACUCUGGGAAGGUCAAGGUGGAAAUAAAUCUAAAACGCUACCCAACACCUUAUCCGGAAGAUCUGAAAAAUAUGGUUAAGUCAGUGCAAAGCCUUGUGGGUAAAAGCAUGCAUCCGGGACACGCCCACCAGCACCAGCUGAGCACAGGUACUGCCACUUCGGCAGGCUCCAACAUGGAACAUUCUCACCUCAGCAAAGAGGCGUAUGAGCCACCGUGGCCCCUUCCCCCUAAAGAGGUCACAGACAGAGAGAUGCAGGACUUCUCUCAGUCUCAGCUCAUGGAUCAGGGAUCAAUGCAUAACUCUGGGAUCGAUAUUCCAAAGAGAAAAGAUAAAGAAGAUUUGACAGAGAGCUCAGAGGACUCCAUGGGCGGCUCUCCCAAUGACAUACGUAUCUCUGACAUGAGGCCAACACUGGUGGAACCGCCGAUGUACAAACCAAAGGUGGUGCUGCUUGGAAAGGAAAAGAAAGAGUCCAUAGAUGAGGACGUGGAUAAACGCCACUGUCUGAACCACAGCGGCUCCUCUGCCACCUACUCCGAUUACUCACCCUCACAAGGCUCCUCAGGCUCCUCCAACCCACCUGGCAAUACACACUCACAUGCACACCCACACGCACAUCCACACACCCCUGCCCUUCCAGCCCCCAACAAGGACCAGGGCCCUCAGACGCAUUGGACCAACAGACUUGCCCAGUCGUUCCCUAAACCUAUCGACUCAAAACCCUUGUUAUCUCAAAGAGAAACACCUCCAUCAGGAACCCUGCAGCAGCGGGGGGACCGCCGUCCGCUCAGUGAGCCUUUUGACUGGGCUGAAGUCCCGCACUAUGACAACACUGGUUUUGAUGCAGAAGAGUCUCCUCUGGAUCCUCCAUCUAACACGAGUCAAGGAAACCCACCACUGGGCUCCAAACCCCGUAGCCAGUCAACGCACGGCCGCCGGCCCCUCCUCAGGCAAGAUAGAAUUGUUGGAGUUCCCUUGGAGCUCGACACUCAGACUCUUCCUUACCACGGCAACCAGCGCUCCAACCCCGACAAUGAUCCGCAGUCUUCCGCGCCUCAGUCACAGAACCCAUGGCAGAAUUGGACGAGGACUCCUAGUCCACUUGAGGACAGAACUGCUUUCCCCUCCAAGCUGGACCUGACGCCCACCUCCAGCCCCAACCCUGACCGCAAGGACUUGGACCCCAGACGUGAGGUGAACUCUGGACCUUUGCCUGGAAAUUGGAUAUACCAUAACAAUCAGAGCGAACAGAACAGGAAGGACCAGCUCACUGUUGGUGGGGGCAACAAGGUGACUGUGGUAAUGAGUAAAAGCUCUGACCGCCUUUCCCCCAUGAUGAAAGAGAUGAGAUCCAAGUUCAAAAAGUCACAGAGUAUAGAUGAGAUUGACAUUGGCUCCUAUAAAGUCUACAGUAUUCCCGUGGAAACCUACAGUUCCUCCAUUGAGCAGCAAACUAGUUUGGACCGCCAAGAUCUGCCUGGUUCUUUGGAGCAGACCAACAUGUCACGUUCACAGUCUGCUCCCAUGUUGGAUGAGGAAAUGGGCUUCCCUGGUAACCAAAAUCAGUCUGGACAGAACCAAAAACCAGCCAUUCCACACAAGGCCUACCACUUUGAUCAGAACUACAAUCCCCAGGUGACCAUGGAUCGUCGAAUCCCUCCUCCAUUUCCCAAUACACCAGAUUAUGCUAACCACUCAGCAAAGAUUUUGGAUUAUUUGAAUCAGUCUGGAAAGACACUUCCCAAAGAGCUAGUGAGCCCUCGAUACCGUGUGUAUCCACCGCUGGAGAUGUUCUCCUUCCCCCAAACACCAAUCAACCAGGAUGGCCCACCCAACCAACAGCAGCCAAUCCCAGCACAGCGUUCCAGGCCAGGCUUUCUGAGAAGAGCAGAUUCGUUAGUGAGCUCCACAGAGCUAGCUUUGUUUCGCAGAGUUCAUGAAGCGCAGCAGGAGGCUCUGCAGGAAGCACAGUACAGACAACAGGUAGACCCCCCUCAUUACAGUCGGGCUCUUGCCUACUCCACACCAAUGGAUCACUCUGGUCUUACAAACAUGGCCGAAAACCAAAGUCAGAUGAUGCAGAACAAAAGAAACGGUCGCUAUGACGACGACUAUACCGCUUACCAAGAGCAGAAGAAGCCCAUGAUUGGUUAUCCUACUAAGAGUCUGACUCAACGUCGCCCCCUUUCUGCCAGGAGCUACAGCACAGAGACAUAUGGAGCCUCUCAGGCCCGUCCAGUGUCUGCUCGUCCCACCAUGGCUGCCCUACUGGAGAAAAUGCCUCCUGACUACACCCUUGCAACGUGCCCUGAGAAGCCAUCAGAGGACACCAUCAAAGUAAGACCUGUUGUACCACAAAAACCCGAAGACAUCACGUCCAAGAUGCCUGCUGACUGGAGGCAACAACUUCUGCGGCACAUAGAGGCAAAGCGACUGGACAGGAGUGGUGUCCUAAAGCACAACACGCUCACGCUGGGCAUGCUCUGUCAGGGCGUGGGUCACGGCCAGGGGCGCAGCAGCACUUUGAACUUUAACCAUUACAAUAACACUAAGCAUGAGCCCCCUGCUGGCCGCUGGCUGCCACUACCUCCUCCUCCAUCUGCCAAUGCUACUCCCUCUCAGCAGGGCGGGAUGCUGGAUAAUGACCAGGAGGGGGUAUCGGGAAACAACCAGUGGGUCCCCUAUUCACUUGGGAGGAGGGAUGUCCCACCUGACAACCUCAUGAAAAAGAGUGGGCAUUCACACAACCCCUCCCACCAGUCGCACAACACCAUGAUCAACACUUCCUCCUCAGCUACUCCACCUCAUCGCAUGGUCGGGCAGCAGGGUUAUGAUGGUAUGAUGAACAAAGGAGGGCAAUACCAGCAAGGGAUGUCUCUAUCAGUAGUACCCUCUGGUGGCCCGGGGCAGUACCAAGGAACCAUGUCUCAGGCACUUACUUCUCCUGGCCAGGCUUACCCCACUGCUGGCCUGCCUAUGGCCAUUUCCCCAUCUGGGAACCAACCCCAAUACAACCCUCACUCCUCCCAUCAGUCCUCCUUGCCUGCUACCAACCCCCAGUAUCAUGGAAACCAGGGCAUGGUCCACAGCAACCAGGGUGUCAUGAGCACCCACAGCAACCAGGGUGUCAUGAGCACCCACACCAACCCACGGCCUCAGAGCGCACGCUGCUUGUUGCAGACUAAAGGCCAAAAGAGCACAGAUCAGUUCCAGGAGCAGCUAUGUGUAAGAAUAGAGAAGAACCCUGGUCUUGGUUUCAGUAUCUCUGGUGGCAUCAGCGGCCAGGGGAACCCCUUCAAACCCUCCGACAUGGGUAUCUUUGUUACUAGGGUACAGCAUGACGGGCCUGCUGCCCCCGCCCUUCAGCCUGGAGACAAAAUAGUGCAGGCUAACGGACAUAGUUUUUUACACAUGGAACAUGAGACAGCCGUCUCUCUGCUGAAGAGUUUCCAACGGACGGUCGACUUGGUGAUUCUGAGAGACAGCAGCAUGCGCCAGAAAUAGUUUUUAUAAAAAACAAACAAAUGCAGCAACGCUUCUCUUUUAAUUGCCAUCCUACGUCACUCCACCUGCCCUCCUGCCGGAUGCUCGUGGAACUGAGAAAUGAGCCGCCUUUAGUACCUUUUUAAUGGAAAACACACAUUUAUUUGCCAUUUGCUGGACCAAAGGCAAAUACCAGUGCCAAAUGUACCAUAGGAAACAUAUCGGCUCUUCUGUCUGCCGCUGGUCAGGGACCUGAUCCACGGCUGGAUGGACUACAAGAAGAUUCUACACCUUUGAGUUUCUACAGGGCUGCUGCAGUUACUAAUUUGAUCAAUUAUUCUGCUGAGUUUUUUUUCUGUUUUGUUGCUUGUAGUUUGCUUUUAUCCCCCAACUGCCUAUCUUGUAGAUUUUAAACUGUUUAUAUUUGUAGCACCUUGUUCACGUUUUUUAUUUUUGUGUUUCUUGUGUUUUUUCAUUUGUUUCCUUGGGACACUCUCUUUACGCUGUCUUCUUUUUGCAGCUUACGUUUUGCCUCCAUUGUACAGAAACUGGAAACUUUAGACUUUCUGCCUUGUGUUCUUGUACAGAGAUUCAGCGUUCCAGAGCUGCAUUCUCAAACAGGCCUGAAGAGAGCUCUAAAUGUUUAUGAUUACGAUAAUUAUUGUUGAUAAACUAUAUUCUGAACUCAUUCCUGUGAUUGUACAGGGAAUAUUUCUCCAAAUGGAUGCUUUUUUAAAGUAUUAACUAUUUUACCUGUAUAGAAGACACCUUUCUUUUUUUUUCAUGACUGCAACUUGUCUCAUGUUUCAAAACAUGUUGCUUGCACAGCUGUGGUAAAAAGAGCUAAAGCAAUAUUUCCGAAGCUCCAUCUUUUGAGCUUUUCAGCAGAGCCUAACUUGUCCUGCAGUGCCAUCUAUUGAGCAAGUCAUGUAAAUGUUUACACACACAUGCAUUCACACACAGACACACACAUACUGCCAUUCACAUGAAGGAACAGGGACUCAGCUGAAGACGUCUAGAAUACAUAAUGACAUCUACUCUAAAUUCAGUUUGAUUGCAAGGUGCAGAUUCCAUUCUAUCAUAAAACAAAGACCAGUAAUAAUAUCUGUGCCAUUUUCUGAAGCCCUGUCUCUUGUUUUUCUCAGAUCACUUUGAUGACUUAGCCUUUUUCUAAUGGCCUUUAGAUUUUAUAAAAACAGAAGGAUUUAGUUGCCGAAGCUUAAUGUCUUAGAAAAAUUCCUUUGCCACUAGAUUCCGUUUUUGCGUGGUAAGAACAUCAGUUUAACUCUUUUUGGCUCAGAUCUGAUCCGUCAACAGGGAAAGUUACAAGACUGCUUUAGUAAGGAUGGCCACUAGUUUUAAUGUGCUGCUGCUGUGUCGUCAUAAAGUUUUCCCUUCCCGUCCUAACCUCUGGCCUUCUUGUGGAAUGUAACAUGAGAAGUCUCCGCAAGAAUCGGCAAGGAAUGAGGUCCACUUUUUUGUUACUGUAAGUCUGCACUGAUUUAGAUAUUCACCUCUUCAGGAAAAGAUCUGAUCUGUGUCAAAAGACAUUUUAGUUACACUUGAACUCCUUAUAAUGUUUAAAUAAAAGUAGAGAAGCUUAUUGGAACUAUGUGUGCAUGGAGGUGUAAAUGCUGUGAAUGACUUUGAGGGAGUUAAUGAGUUUUUUUCAGUUAGAUGUUAAGCAGGGCUUUGGAAAACAAGGGCAGACUCAGACGUAGAAGUGUAUGUGUCAGGGGUGGGUUUUGACCAAAGAGUGAUGGUCUGACUAGAGAAGUUCUAUUGACAAGGCAGAGAGAUUAGAAAAAAAGAACAAAAAAGUUCAUUUUCUGUCUUUAUAUAAAUGCAACACCUGUCUUGAAGACAUUUUAUGCUGGCUACCUUUGUUUUUGUGCCGUAUAAGAUCUAAUGUUCCAGGCGAAUCACUGUCUUUUUGCUUUUACGCAACACUCUGUGCCCAUUUUGUGUCAAUCCUCUUCCGUUAAUUCAGCAUUAAAGGACACAAAAUGGCACAAAUGAAUUAUGUGGUUGAGAGGCUGAACAACAGGCAUCCUCCCAUCCCAGUUUAGACUUUGAAAUGUAAAAGAUAUAAUGGCAGGAGAAAAAAAAGUUUGAUAAUUAUUUUUUACUACACGUUUCAGGCAAUUCUUUAUAAAUAUAUUGAUAUACCUUAGCUUUGCUCCAAAAUUGUGAUAUUUUAUAAAGACACUUGUAACAAAGUUAUGGAUGUACACACAAGAUGACUGGAAAAACUACACCUGUACUAUCCAAAACUGUAAAAAAUGUAUUUCUACUGUAAUUGUGAAUUUGUGUUAUACAAAUAUAUAUUAUAUAUAUAUGUAUAUGAACAUAAAAAUGGUCAUUUUCUAUGUGUUUAAGCAAGAUGAAAAGCUGAACAAAUGAGAACGGUGUCACUGUACAAUAGCUGCGAAUGACUCGAACGGACUCAUGUUGAUUGUGAAUGUACCCAUGCUUUCUGCAGCCACCACACCCACCCGACUCGAAUGCUGCUUCUUCUGCUGUGUGACAAAAGUACUUUGACCUCUGAGGAGACAGACGCUGUCGAGUUUACGUUUUUUUGGACAAAAGAUUUUAGUGAUGGUGUAUUCAAAUUAUUUAUUUAUUUAUUGAUGGAUUGAUUUGAGUUCCUGAUUUAUUUGCACAUGCAAGUGGAAAUCCUUUCUUGUUUUAAGUAUCGAUGCAGAGAAAUGUAAUUGCAGAAAAAUAUAUAAUAUAUACAAUGUGUUUAGGAUGCAUUUUGCAGAUACUAUCUGUACAUACUAUUUAAGAUACGGUUUUUACGAAAAAAAAAAAUAUCUGUAUAAAAUUGAAAAAAAUGCUGUGCAACAAUUAUACUGGAGCCAUUUUGGGCUUUGGGACGUACCACUUUUUUCAGUAUAUAAGAAGUGUUUUGAAUAAUGUAUUAAAGUCUCUAUUGUACAAAUAAUAAAAUGUCACUAUUGGUA